ACAAUGCUGAAUCUUAACAGUAUAGCCUGAAGUUUUAAUUUUAGCAAAGAAGCCAUUUCCAACAGAAGCAGCACUGUCUUUUAAUCUGCUUAAAACAUGUCGGAUCCACACUCUGGAGUUGCUCCUAUUCGUGAAGAAUUCCUUGCUAAACCGGAGCAAGCAGAGAAAAAGCGCAAAACUAAAGAACGUGGACAAAACAAAAAGAGAAGUAAAGUCUCUGUACGAGAAGACAACGCAUUGUGUCCUGCGAUUUCUGUUGGAAAGGAGUGUCCAUUUCAAAAUAACUGUAAAUUUGGUCACGAUGUAGAAGUUUAUCUUUCCCAGAAGGAACCUGAUUUGGGUGAAAAAUGCGUGAAUUUUGAAACUUAUGGCGUUUGUCCUGCAGGGUAUAAGUGUCGAUGGUUAUCAGGUCACGUAAAAGUUAAUGAAGACGGCAAGCAUGAGCUGGUUAAAAAGCCAGACAGCAAGUUUGGGCUUACUAUGUUGAAUGCCGUUGACAAGACGGUCCAAAAAAAGCUUCGUACAAAGCAAUUGGAUUUGAGUAAAGCCGAAAGAAUGAUUUCUAUUGUACUUGGAGAAGAGAAGCCACAAGCUAACAACCAAAAUACCCAGGACUCGGUGAGUUCUGAGACCAGUGGUAAAAGUGAUCGAAUUCCAGAUCAGGCAUUUCCCGAUAAUAACGAUUCCAAGAACAAUGGUAAGAAAGACGAGCCAAAACCUCAAGCUUCGGAAACCCCGCAAAAACAGGAUGAAGACAAAGGAGAUAAAAAAGUAUCCAUGGAAGAAAUCCACAAACAAGCUCGCUCUGACGUCCUUUUACCAACAUUGCGACCUCAAGAAAAAAGAAGAAUUGACUGGAGAGGCAGAAAGAUUCUUGCCCCUUUAACAACUGUUGGCAAUCCUCCUUUUCGUCGACUUUGCGGAUCUUUGGGAGCAGAUACCUUUUACACUGAAAUGGCGAUGUGCCACCCUUUGAUGCAAGGUCAUCAGCCAGAAUGGGCUCUUGUUCGUGGUAUUAAUACGGAACGGGAAAUGAUGCCUAGUGGGAGAAAAGGAAUAUUGGGUAUUCAGUUAGCUUGCUCAAAGCUUUGGCAAGGUGUAAAGACGGCUCAGGUUAUUUCUGAGAACUGCGAUGGAGUAGAUUUUUUGGAUUUGAACUGCGGUUGUCCCAUUGACCUCGUUUUUCGACAAGGAGCUGGAUCCUCUUUGUUGGAGAGCCCUAGUCGUCUUAUUCGAAACUUACAGGGUAUUGAUGCUAUUUCUGGUACCAUCCCUACAACAGUCAAGCUUCGUACGGGAAAUCGUGAGGAUCAUCCCGUUGUGAAUAGGCUUUUGAGUCGUAUUCAUCAAGAAACGAAUACUUCUGCUGCCGUACUACACGGACGAUCUCGUCAGCAAAGAUAUUCUAAAUUAGCAAACUGGGAAUACGUUAAGGAUUGUGCUUCUAAUGUUCGCGGAUUGAACGAAGGAAUUGACGAUUUACCCGAAGGAAGCCUUCGUACACAGCCUAUGGCUUUCAUUGGAAAUGGUGAUUGCUAUAGUUGGGAGGAUUGGUAUGAGGGUAUGGAUACGGGUGUUGACACGAUUAUGGUUGCCCGUGGUGCACUCGUGAAACCUUGGAUUUUUGAAGAGAUCGACGCUCGACAAUAUAUUGACAAAUCAUCAACCCAACGUUUAGAAAUCUUGCAGGAAUAUUGUAAUAAUGGAUUACAAUAUUGGGGUUCAGACGCGCAAGGUAUCAAUACAACAAGAAGAUUCUUUUUGGAAUUUAUGAGUUUCUUUCAUCGUUAUACCCCCAUCGCAUUAUAUGAAGUUGCGAGACCAAGAUUGAAUCAGCGACCUCCCCUUUACAAUGCCAGAGAUGAAAUGGAAGGCAUGCUUGCGAGCACGAAUGUCAAUGACUGGGUUAAGCUCAGUGAAAGAUUUUUGGGACCCACGCCUUCCAAAUUCAACUUUACUCCUAAACAUAAAAGUAACAGUGUAGAAGAAGCAGAAGGUUAAAACUCUCUUUUUGACAAAUGGACAAAAAAAGGUUGGUUACAUGUACACUAGGGUGAACUGAUAUAAUAUGGCUAUGCAUUUUACUUUGGUAUUUAAAAGAGUCCAAUUUAUGGAAAAAAGAAAAAGAAAGUAAUUGGAUCUUUAGGAAAGCAGACGGUUGGUUUUAUACAUAAACAAAAUACAAAAUAGUGAAGUAACUGUGUAUUAGACAUGGAUUCAUUGCAGUAAACCGGAUGGUUUCAAAUGUUGGUCUUGAAUAUCAUAAAUCAUUGAAUAUUACUCUCAAUGAAUCUAAAUUUGGACAAGUCAGCUAAAAAAAAAAACAAAAACCUUUCUAUUCAUUAACAU